AUGGAGUUCCAAUUUCAUUCUGUGAGGUCAAAGCUGACCCAGAUUAACAGAGUAGGAAAGUCCGGUCUCCAAGUCUCAAAGGUGAUCUUGGGAUGUGCUGGAUUUGGCUCAGCCGCUUGGCAAGGCUGGGUGAUGGAGGAGGAAGAGGCGCUUCCGAUACUGAAGUACGCCUUUGACAAAGGCAUCAACACUUGGGAUACGGCGGAUGCGUAUUCCAAUGGUCGGUCAGAGGAGAUUGUGGGCAAAGCCUUAAGGAAGUACGACAUUCCGCGCGAACAGGUCGUAAUAAUGACCAAAAUCUUUUACGCGCUGGAUCCAGUUGGGCAAUCUUCAAUCUCACAGAACAUGGACAAAUCGAAAAGACAUCUCGUCAAUCGUGUUGGCCUGUCCCGGAAACAUGUUCUGGCGGCCGUUGCAGAGAGUGUCAAACGUCUUGGCACAUAUAUCGACAUACUCCAAAUCCAUCGACUAGACCGAGAUGUUCCAGCGAAAGAGAUCAUGAAAGCGCUCAACGAUGUGGUGGACAGCGGCCAGGUCCGUUACUUAGGCGCAAGCUCCAUGGCGACCUGGGAGUUCCAGAAGCUGCAAUAUACAGCAGAGACCCAUGGCUGGCACAAGUUCAUUUCUAUGCAGAAUUAUUAUAACUUGCUGUAUCGGGAGGAGGAGCGUGAGAUGAUCCCUUUUUGUCGAGAUGAUGGCGUGGGGAUCUUGCCGUGGAGUCCGUUAGCAAGAGGCGUGCUCGCCAGACCAUGGACCAGCAAAGGGAACAGGGAGGAGACAGAUGCACUGCUAAAGAACAUGAUGCGAGGCAAGCAGAGCCUAGCCGACGAGAUAAUCGUGAAUCGUACAGAGGAGCUUUCAAAGAAGCACUCAGUUCCGAUGGCUGUAGUUGCGCUUACAUGGAGCAUACAGAAAGGCACAUAUCCGAUUGCAGGUCUCGCAACCAAACAAAGAAUAGACGAGGCAAUAGAUGCAGUUGCAUUCAAGCUGACUGAUGAUGAGAUGAGCUACUUGGAAGAACCAUAUAUACCACGAGAAGUAAUGUAUUGA